UCCGGCUGGCCUGGUCCCUGCUGCAGGACCACGAUGGACGAAGCCGAUCGACAGGUUCUGCGACGGUGCCGGGUCCGCCUGGUUAGGGAGCUGCAAGUAGCUUCCCUCUGGGACCAUCUGCUCACCCGCGAGCUCUUUACCCCCGACAUGAUCGAAGACAUCCAGCGGGCAGGCUCUGGAUCUCGGCGUGAUCAAGCUAGACAGCUGAUCACAGAUCUUGAGACCCGAGGGAGUCAGGCCCUUUCUUUGUUCAUCUCCUGCUUGGAAGACACAGGCCAGGAUACACUGGCUUCCUUCCUGAAAACCAGCCGGCAGGCAUCAAUGCGGAAUCCUGAUGCCAUCCGACCACUGGACUUCAUGCCUCCAGUGUUUGAACCUAUAAACUUCAGACCUGAAGUGCCUAAGCCAGUGGACUUUGGUUCUGGAAGAAUCAGUGAUGUUCGCUCAUCUGAGAAAUUGAGAGGAAAUGCUGAUUUGGUUUACACCCUGGACGCAGACCCUUGCGGCCACUGCCUCAUCAUCAACAACGUGAACUUCUGCCCUGAGUCGCGGCUCCAAACCCGCACUGGCUCCAGCAUCGACUGUGAGAAGCUACGCAGACGCUUCACCUGGCUGUGUUUCCAAGUGGAUGUGAAGUGCGACCUCACAGCCAAGCUAAUGGAGCAGGCAUUGAUGGAGCUGGCACGGCGUGACCACCACACUCUGGACUGCUGUGUGGUGGCCAUCCUCUCCCAUGGCUGUCAGGCUAGCCACCGCCAGUUCCCAGGAGCUGUCUACGGCACAGAUGGGUGUCCCUUGUCUGUUGAGAGAAUUGUGAACAUCCUCAAUGGAGCCAGCUGUCCCAGCUUGGGAGGGAAGCCCAAGCUCUUUUUCAUCCAGGCCUGUGGUGGGGAGCAGAAAGACUAUGGAUUUCAUGUGGACUCCACAUCUCCUGAAGACAGGGUAUCUGGUGAUCACCCCCAGACCGAUGCUGCCCCAUUCCAGGAUGAUACAAGGGCCUUAGACCAGCCAGAUGCAGUGUCCAGUUUGCCCACACCCAGCGACAUAUUUGUGUCCUACUCUACCUUUCCAGGAUUCGUCUCUUGGAGGGACACCAGGCGCGGCUCAUGGUACGUUGAGACCCUGGACAGCGUCUUUGAGCAGUGGGCAUCCUUGGAAGAUCUGCAGACACUCCUGCUGAGGGUCGCGGAUGCUGUUUCGGGGAAAGGGAUUUACAAACAGAUUCCUGGCUGUUUUAAUUUCCUCCGGAAAAGAUUGUUCUUUAAGACAAAGUGAGACUGCAUCCCUCCCUUUCUUCUACCUCAAAUCUUCCUGGUUUUGGCAUUUGAGUGGGACUUUUCCACAAGUGCCAACUCACUCUUUGAAGGAUUCAGAGCCUACAGAAGGUCUGCACAUACCCCAUGGGGCUGCCACUUCGCAUUUAGCAGCAUCAAGGCUGAAGACAAGUGACUGGCAAUGAAGGAAGAGGAGCAGAGCACCGUGGUUUUUAAAAUUCUUUAAACCCUUGUGUAUUUUCUAGUAGAGUGUCUCAGCCUUGACAUUGGGAAUUCUGGGGCCUAAGGACCCUUUCUGCAGGCUGCCUUGGGAACUGCUGGUGUUUGCAAUACCCUUACCCACCAGGUGCCAGAGGCAUUAACA